AUGAUAGAACCCAGAGAUAUCAAGGAAAAAAUUCAACUAUUCAGACAUUCACCCCAACAACCAAUCUACAGACAGAAUCUAUUAAUGAGUCAUGAAGAACCAGAAUAUAUUAUAAACAAUCACAAAGAUUCUUAUUUGAAAUUAGGUAAUGCUCAUAUUGCUGACACAGAUCUAGGGGGUAAUACUCAUUAUGACGAAGCUUUUUAUCCUUUAUCUGCUAAUAUUCAACUGCUUCCCGUUGAACUUGAUAACCCGAUUCUUGCCAAUGGAUUUUACUACUUUAUGACUAUAAUUGUUGUUUUGAUACUUGUUAGUGCCAUUUCGUUUGGCGUUAGAGAAUAUUCAUUUGCCUUUAGAAGAAGAAUUAAGUCUUCUACCAGUGAAGCAAUUAAGUUAACAAAUUGGAAUGACAUCAAAGGAGCUAUUACAUCAACAACUGAAACCACAAAUAAUAUCAAUUCUAUCAGGCAAAAAAUUAUGAAUCGGAUCAAAGAAGAAGAAAAUAAUGAUCGUAGCAGAGUGGGAGUGGAUGGUUCAGGCGACGAUCAAGCGGAUCUCGGCAUUGAUAUUCGUGUUGGAAAAGCAGGAGGGGGAACUGAUCGGCCAAUCAUGAUUUUGCAAAAUAAUUCUGCUCCAAUUCAUCAUGUUUCGGAUCUGUCAAGCAAGAACAACAUGGAAUCGGGAUUCACCCAGUUUAUGGAAAAGGGACAACAUAAUGAUACUACUGAAUGGGAGUGUGAACGGUUUCAAUCUGCAGAAUUGAACGAAGAAACAUUAACCAAAUCUGAAGGAAAAGAUUGUUAUGGAAAUGACUACAAUACUGGUAUUACUGAAAAAUCAAUCAGCAAGUUUGCAAGACAACAAUCGCUAAAAUUACCACAUCCUCCAUUGAAGCCAGUAUAUAGCAUCGGGUUUCUCAAAGGAAUCGACAAGUCCACCACACCUAUAAGUGAAGUAUUGAUCAACAUUUCUAAGUUCAAGCAAAAGAAAAAGAUUCCAAUGUCAAGUUUAUUGAGCUGCUCUGUCGGGUUCCCACGUACAUGUUUUGACAAUGCAUGGCAAGCAUCAAAGGUAAUUCGCGAAGCAGAGAGUAUUAUAUUGACGACUACUUGCAAAGUAUCCAGACUACUUCUGCUAGUACAGCUCUUGUCAGUUGGUAAAUCAAUCGAGUUAUUGGAUAAUCCCAACAUAUUUCUUGAAGCUUUCAAUGAUUGUAUUGAGAAUUUGGUUGAUAUGGGAUAUGUAUUUAAUUUCUUCUCUGAGUCAAGUGUGGUGUUGAAACUUUUGCUAAUGGAAAACUUAUUAACUUAUAGUUGGUCUCAUUAUAGAUUUCAUGAUUUGGAAAAUAAAAGCAGAAUCAUCAGAGUUCAAUUUGAGAAAUGGAAUUUGCCUCACCCAAUAGUACAAACUAGAAAUACAAUUUUCAAAAUCUUGUGUAACUUGCAAUUGGGACUAAACACAUCUUGUAUUUCAACUACUACAGAGCAAGCAGAAAUCGAGAAUGGAUUAAAAUUGGGAUUAGUAAUUCGGGAGGUUAUUAAUCAUAGCGUCUGUAAUGAUUAUAUUGGUUAUAUGCCUAUGAUAGCACAAGCGAUUGAUAUUUCCACCGUGGACAGAAACAAGUUUUUCUUUUACGAAAUUUUGAAACUUUUAAUUGUCAAACAUGGGAAAUGCUGCAUGGGAGAGUACAUUCAAGAAUCUAAUAUUGAGUUGAAGACUUUAGUACAGUUUGGAAUGACCACAAAUCAGAUUCCUAUUAUUAAUGACAAGGUUAAAGAGAUACUUGAAAUGUUGAUCAAAAUAGAUGGCAAGAUCAUUUCUUGGAAGAAUAUGACCGCGACCAACAAUAACUAUAUUGCGUCUGCCAUACCGCUUUCGACUGAACACACAGAGAAUUAUUUUAGUGCGCCGUUAUUCCGACAACCACAGAAACAACAAGAUCAUCUAGAAAAACAGCCGAACCGUCUCCCACUCUUGGAUUCGGGGCUGACGUCAGGUUCUACACUAGAGACAUUUGCAAAUUCUUGGAAACUUGGUGUUGUUUCCAGUGAUAUUAAUUAUUCGCAAGAAACUAUUGAAAACCAACAUCAAUAUCAUUACAAUAGAGGUUGA